UUUGUUUUUAGAUGUGUUUAUUACAGAGAGUGUAUGAAACCUAUGACCACAAUAGUCGCACAUUCUGUCAUUGUGUUACUUAUGGAUGGAAUUAUAGAGAAAAUGAAUUAUUGCCCUUUUUGCUGGGAACACCUGGAACUCCCUCAACGACCCCUUGGGAUCCCUGGACCCCACUUUGAGAACCACUGAGGGCGCAGAGGAAAUAAAACUGUGAGCAAAGUCUCAGCGGUGGUAGGGGGAACUGCAUGAAGAAGAAGGAGGAGGAGGAGGAGGAGGAGGAGAGAGGAAGUUCUCCAAAACUUUUUUCUUCGCUAAAAGGAUUGUGGAGACGCACCGUUAGAAUUUCAGAGGAAGGGGAUCCGACCUGAAGAAUAAAGAAAACGCUGGGAAUAUAACGGCAGAUAACGGCGUCAAAAAGUUCAUCCCUUCUUCUGUGUUUGUAUCCUCACAUGAAAACCGUGAAAAAGGACGCGUGGGUUUGCCUUUGUCCUGUGCAUUUUGUUUCUUCCCAGAGUGAGAGGACUUACACCAUCAGAGGCGAUGAGAUGUGAGUAAGCUAUGCCUUGUGGAAAUGGACAGACUUUAUCCAAGCGAAAACAUGGCGUCUGCGUCCCGAGGUUUAGUUUCAUUUCCAGUCUGCUUGUGGCGCUCUGCUGCCUGGAGGUAUGGGGCUCCGGGCCGCAGGGGGACGGCGGCAGGAGCUGCAGCCCCUGUCCCGUUAACUGCAGCUGCGCGCUGGCGGGGCCCCAACCGUCCUGCGUCGUCAACUGCUCCAACAUCGGGCUGGAGAGGGCCCCAGCCGACAUCCCGCUGGCCACCAACGUGCUAGAUCUGUCCAAGAACCGCAUCUCCUCCCUCGAUACGAGCCUGCUAGAUCGUCUCACUGGCCUCCAAGAGCUGUAUCUUCAAGAGAACAGGAUCACUGUUCUCCCAAGAGGGGUUUUCUGCUGUGGUCCACUGUCAAUCGUCAAUUUGAGCCACAACGAAAUCACCACCAUAGAAGAAAGAAUAUGUGACAACCUAUGCAAUUUAACUCAAAUUGACCUGAGCUUUAACCCCUUUGAGUGUGACUGUAAGCUGUUCCGGUUGGUCAGCUGGCUCCAGGAGAAAGGGGUGCAAGUUCAACGGCCGGACGCCAUGCUCUGUAAACACCCACCUAAGCUCCGCGACCAACCCCUGCUCAACGUCAGCCUGCUCACCUGUGGUCUGAAUUAUGCAGCUUGUCUUGAGGACAGCAGCAGCGGAGGAGGGGAACGGAGCGAGCUUGUUAUCUUCUCUUCCUCCACGCCGGGCAACUUCACACGUGAACAGUGUAACAGUGUGUGUUUUGCAGCAUCUCACCGCUAUGGGGGCUUGGGAGAGAGGCACGAGUGUCUCUGCAGCACAAACUCUGAGCCAAACUUCAUCAGCGAAUCUCAAUGUUCUGCUGCUUGUACGAAGCCCCAAGUUAUGAAGGAAUGUGGGUGGACUCUGGCCCAUGAUGUGUUUGCGGUGGACUUCUCGGUCUCGCUGAAGCCUCUCUCACUUCAAAGUGUCCAUGACUGUAUCAGUUUCUCCGCCGCCUCCUCUGUCGCUCCAGUAACACUGUCCUGGGACUUUGGUGACCUUUCAUCUCGGGUCAACACUACAGUCACUGCAGCAACUCACAAAUACGGACUUCCAGGACGAUAUGCGGUCAGUUUGAUGGCCUGGGCUGGACACAAGGAGGUCUCUGCACGCGGGGAGGUGACCGUGACACUUCCUCCCAAACUGGAGCUGCGCUGUCCACCUCUUGCUGUGGCCAAUAAGAGUCUCGAGUUCACUCUUGUCAGCUGGGGUGCUGUUGGAGUGGAUGUAGACUGGCAGAUCAGAAAGGAUGAUGUCCAGGUUGCCAAAGCCUCCCCUUACUGUCCAAAGGAUGGGGUGUACCACACCGAGUCCUCACGCUGUUUCCAGAUCAUUCCGGGGGAGUUGAGCUGGACCGAUGCUCGACAGCAGUGUUCAGACCGCGGUGGGGAUCUGGCAAUAGUCAGAAGUGACGCACUGCGUAACCUGCUGGCAUGUAAAGUCACACAGGAGCGAGGUGUAUGGCUGGGACUGAGUGACGUCGACUCUCCUGGCAGGCUGCGCUGGGCAAACGGCUCAGAGGCACAGGAGGGAGAGGAGGGCCAGCCACCUCGUUCCCAGAUAUCCCGCGGAAACAUGUGCGUGUCACUCGAUCAGCGUGCUCAGACCAGUUCACACCCAUGCCAUGCCAAACGAGCCUAUGUCUGCCAGUACAGCCCCCAAGUGCGUGUUCCAGAUGCAGGAAUCUACAUGGUGGGCCUGGCUGUGUUUCCCUCCCAAAAUCCUUUGCACCAUGCCACCACCACUCCACUCUCUGCAGCACAAACACCCAGCAGUGCCAUAGAGGUGUUGCUGUUCCCAGCACUGAGUUUUGUUCAAGCAGGUCGUCUUUCCUCCCUGGAAUUUGUCACUCAGGAGCUUGGCUCACAAAUCCACAUCCGAUUCCAGACCUACAGACCUCACUGUCAUUAUCACAACCUGCACCUGCUACUACCCAGUUGUGGAGGUCCAGCCUGUGCUCCUGUGGCUGUUUGUGUCCCCAAUGACACCAGGGACAGUGAUCCACCCUCUUGCCCCGGACUAGAGCAGUGGUGUCCUUUCCAGCGCCGGUGCCUGACCCUCUCUAGUCCCUGCCAGCCAUCGUCCUGUCCUAACUGCACCCAGGCUCAUCGCCUGCCCCCCGGGGCACUGAGACCCCGAUACAAGCUCCAGAACGAGGUGGUCUUCACACUACCAGCAGGACCAGCUGCACACAUACUGGUGCAAGACCAAUUGGAGGACCUCCUGGUUUCCCGCGGCGACAUAAUCGCCCUGCAGCAUGAUGCUGGCCCCGCCUCCCUUCUCCGCUGCCAAACCUCCUCACACUCACUGUGGCGACAACCUGUUUUAGCCCUUAACCAAUCAGAGUGGUUCUUGAUUAACAACACCAGACAGUCAACAGACAGCUCAGCUGACCACGACGCUGACGCUCUGCCUGACCCAGAGCUUGACCUGGAGGCGCUGGUGCAGGAUGGCGAGGGAGGCUGGCUGGAGGAAGCAGUGUGCCCCGUCAGAGUGCUCUAUGUGGGACACAGUGAGACCCAGCUGCAGGGAGCACAGCUGUCUGCUGGUCUACACCAGCCCGGACUCUACAGCCUGCUGGUGACUUCUGCUGAGCCAUCAUACAAAGUCUCAGCAUCAUGUCCAUUGCGGGUGGUGCCUCCUCUGGGCUUGACAAUCCUUCACCCCCCUCCUGGGAAUGGCACCCUCUACCUGCAGCCCAACAACACCCGGCUGCUGCUCCGUGUCCAGUCUCGCUAUGUAACAACGGCAUCUCGGCGCAGCAGUAAUCACAAUGUGACCUUCCAGUCUGACUGUCCCCCAGAGUUUUCAUCCAGUCCAGCACUCUGUCAGCCUGGGCCGACCUCAGGGUCAGGGGUGGAGGUCGCGGAGCCAAGCCUGUAUGCAGUGCUGGAUCUGAGCUUGGAGGAGGAGGAGCAGAGGGGUCCAAUGCAGGUCGAGCUGGAGGCCUACAAUAAUGUGACAGAAGCCAGCUUGACUGUGGUUGUCCACCUGGAAGAGCCACUCAGAGGAUUGGUGGUGCAGCCGCACCCUGCCCACAGGGUGUUGAUGGAGUCUGUUGUGAGUUAUACAGCGUCAGUGCUCGAAGGCUCUAAUCCAACAUUUAAAUGGACGGUUGAUGACAAGCCCUACUUCACCUAUUACAACACUGUCCUCAAUGUGAUCUACCAGCACGCUGCCGUCUAUAAGCUCACGGUGACGGCUAUGAACCAUGUCAGCACCCUUACAGAGCAUUUCAACGUCACAGUGGAUCGACUGCAACCCAUGGCCAACCUCACAGUAAAGGGUGUUCCAGAUGUGGUCCCUCAGGGCUCCACUCAGACUCUCACCACCUCUGUGCUCGUGGACAUGUCUGUGACCGCCACCUUCCGAUGGUCCUUUGGUGACGGGGGAUACAAGGAGUUUGAAUUCAAGCCUCCCUACGCCACCUCCCUCCUCUGUCCAGACUCCCCAAAUCAGGUCCUUCUAAGCAACAACGUCACUUAUAUCUACUCUCAGCCAGGAAUAUACACAGCGCUGGUGUCAGUAUCCAAUCGUUAUGAGAACAUCAGUCAGAGCAUCAACAUGAGCGUCUACAGCAUCCUCACUCGUGUUGAUAUACAGACAGAGCCCCAACUUCUCCUUGCUAACAAAUCAGCAGAGUUUGAGGCUCAUCCUUUGCCCUCGCCCUAUGGCAUCCACUAUGACUGGCACUUUGGAGAUGGUUCUGCCCCGCAGCAAGGUCGGCGAGUGGCACACACCUAUACACAGAGUGGCGUCUUCAAUGUCUGUGUAUCAGUAAACAACACUAUCAGUUCUAUGGAGGCUUGUGCCGAGAUGUUUGUAUAUGAGGAGAUUGAGGAUUUAACAGCUGAAAGCUCCUCUCCGACAGAGCUUCACAGCCCCACUACAGUGUGGGCGCACCUUGCUUUAGGUAAUAACAUCACAUGGACAUUCUCCAUGGGUGAUGGGACCAUCUACACUGCAUCUGAACCUCAUGUGUCACACAGCUAUAUAAAAGAUGGCAACUACACAGUGAACGUGACUGCCGCCAACGCUGUGAGUUCUGGCUGGACAAUCUUAACAGUGCAGGUGUUUGUCUUCCAAGUGGUGAGGAUGGAGCCGUCUGGGUGUGUCCAAGAAAGGACCACCGUCAACUUCCAGGCCUGGGUUUCCGGUAACGCAUCAGCUCAUCUUUAUGAAUGGAGCUUCGGGGAUGGAAGCCCCAAUGAGACACUUCACGGUAACCCCAGAGUCUCACACACCUACUGGACAAAUGGGAACUAUCACCUCUCCCUGCUUCUUUCCAGCGGAGUCAACAAGGCCACCAAGGCCAACUUCUUCAACUGGGUGUGUGUGCAGCCAGCUUUAACCAACAUCAGCCUCACCCUUGAGAAAUUACACUAUGCUGUAGGUGAGGAGAUACAGUUCCAGGUCAGAGCUGAGCCAGAAUUUAACUACAGCUAUCAGUGGGACUUUGGCAGAGAAGAAGAUCCUGUAGUCAUCCCUGGUUCUGGGAGUAAAGUGACAAUGUAUAAAAACCCAGGUCAUUACAUGGUGACAGUAACAGUCUUCAAUAACAUCUCCACAAGUAAUGCUAGUGUUCUGAUUGAGGUUCAGAUGCCCAUAGGAGCAAUCGUUAUUCAACAUAACAGCACUAAUUACAAUAACCUGACUCUUAGGGCACCGUAUGCUUUCACUACUUCUUCCUUGGCCUCCAAUGUCAAUUACACCUGGGACUUUGGAGAUGGGAAUGUGCUCACAGGCCAGAAUAUCCUCCACACCUACAACUUCUCUGGAAACUACAAUAUUACUCUGAAAGCAGCUAAUACAAUUAGCAAGAAUCACACUACUUUACCCAUUGCUGUGCUUGCACCAGUCCGUGGACUAACCGUUAACGCCAGCUUGGUAAAUGUCCCUCUCAAUGCCUCAGUCCACUUUGAGGCCCAAAUGGAAGAGGGAGAUAGUGUCCGGUUCUCUUGGAUCUUGUGUGACCGCUGCACCUCAAUCCCGGGUACCCACACCAUGUUCUACACCUUCCGCUCUGUGGGCACUUUCAACAUCAUUGUGACAGCGGAGAAUGACGUGGGAACGGCACAAGCGAGUAUCUUCUUGUUUGUCCAGCGUGAGCUGGAGGGGCUGCAGAUCUUAGCAGAGGAGGAGAUUGGAGGAGAUGGAGGCACAGUAUUAGAUGGUUGCUGCUUUGCCACAAACCGUGUUCUCCACCUUCAAGCAGGAUUGAAGGAAGGAACCAACAUGACCUUUACUUGGAACAUCAUCAAAGAGGGAGACCCCGCCAGCUCAAGCGUCAACAUAAGCGGGAAAACCGUGGAGGCUCAUUCCUUAACACCAGGUCGAUGUGACAUCUUUCUCCGGGCCGCCAACCUCCUGGGCCAGCUGUCUGUCAACAGAACCAUCAACUUCUUGGUGCCAGUCAGAGGAGUGCGCCUGCAGAUCAGCAACAACCCAGUUGCAAUCAAUGUCCCAACUAACCUGACAGUAUGGACUGAGGAUGGCUCAGACCUGCGUUACCGCUGGUUUGUGGAUAACGUCACUCUGCCGGGGACUGGUCCCUGGGAGACACACACCUUUAUCAGUCCUGGCCUAAAACACGUUAUUGUGGAGGUCUCUAAUAAAGUUAGUUCAGUGAAUGUGUCAGAGACAGUCAGUGUCCAGCAAGUCAUUUCUGGGCUAAGUUUCUCUGCUCAAACACCCAAUGUGAACCCUGCUCUACCACCUAUUGUGAUAGAGCAGGGUUACGUAGCAACAGGCGUCAGUGUCUCACUCUUUGGGGACGUACUGACAGGAACCGAUGUGAGGUGGACAUGGUUGUUGGAAGGAAGAACAAACACAGGAAUGAACACUUCUCUCAUUUUCCAUGAGCCGAAAACAGCUACCAUUACUCUGAAUGCCACCAACGAUGUCAGUGGGCAAGUGGUUUCCAGGGACUUCUUUGUUCAGGACAAGAUUCAGGGGUUGGAGCUGAGGGCAAGUAAAAACAUUGCAGAAGUCGGUGAGAAGGUGGAGUUCAACAUUUCUAUGGCAGCAGGCUCGGAUGUUCAUCUGAUCCUCAGCAUCAGCGGAGAUUUCACUGUUACCCCUCAACCCAACCAAAGCUAUGUCCACACAUUCACCAGGGUGGAUACAUACAUGGUGAAUCUCACUGCUCACAACCAGGUGAGUUCCAAGAGGCGACACCUGCAGGUGGAGGUGAUGGAGCCGGUGCGUAAUCUGUCCAUCCUGGGAAGCUGCGAGGCAAUCCCCGUAGGUGUGAAGAGAUUGUUUGUGGCCGACAUCCGGACAGGAAAACCUGUUCACUUUCUGUGGACAUUUGACCUGCACCACCUCCAUAAGACAUCACUUAUGGGCAAAGAGGUGUCCUACACGCCAGAAGAAGCAGGGUCAUUGACCAUUUACCUGGGGGCCAUCAACGCACUGCGCUCUCUGAACAUCACCAAGCUCAUCCAGGUGCAGAACUUACUGACGUCUGCAGCCCUGCUUGCAGCACCUCGGGACACUUUCAUCAAUAAGACGGUGACCCUGAUGGCCUCUGUCACACCCAGAUCUACUCCUGUGAAGUGCUUGUGGGACUUUGGUGAUGGUUCUACUCCAGUUCCCACCGACACCACAACUGUGUACUACAAGUACAGACACCCAGGACACUAUCUGGUCCAAGUUAACUGCAGUAACCUGGUGAGCUGGGUGCUGGCCCAGGUGGAGGUAAACAUCAGUGUAUUAGAGUGUGAGGAGCCAGAGGUGCAGGUGGUUCAGGCCCCCCGCCUGGCCAUCUGGCGUUCCCAGCCCACCUUGGUGGAGGCCAGUGUGGACCUGAAGGGUUGUGUGCGCUAUGGAGCUCAGUACCUCUGGCAGAUACUCUCAACGCCCUCCUGUGAUAAUGACAAAGACCACCGUGUUGCCUCUGGGGUGGUGAAUCAGCCCUCUCAGUCUUUACCUGUCCCAGUAAUUCGCCUUCCAAUGGAGGUUGAUGUGCGUCGGCUGCAGCUUUCAUUGCCAAAGAUGACUCUGGCAGCAGGAAACUACACCCUGGUGUUUUCUCUUUCAUAUGAAGGCGUGCCGCUGAGGAAGGCUGCCUGUCUGCAACUCAGUGUCAUGGCUGCCAGGCUGAUGCCCAUCAUAGAAGGGGGCACCUACAGGGUGUGGUCGAGGACACAGGACCUGCAGCUCAGUGCAGAGCAGUCCUACGAUCCCAACAUGGACCCAGAGAGCCAGUCACUACUCCACUACCACUGGGAGUGCCAAAGCACUUCGAAGGGUCCAGAGCACUGCUCCAGUCUGAACUUCGGCCUGGGCUCCAGCGGUCCAGUACUUGGAAUCUCUGGCUCUGAGCUGGAGGCAGGUGUGGAAUACACCUUUAAACUGACUAUCAGCAAAGACGGCAUGGCACCAGAGUCCACCACACAAACUGUACUCGUCCAGAGCUGCCCUAUUCCCAUCGUGUAUCUGGAGUGUGUGUCCUGUAAGGCCCAGUCCAUCUACGAGGUCAGCCAGAACUCGUAUGUCUACCUGAGAGGAACCUGCACCAACUGCCAGGGCGUUCACCACGGGCGCUGGAGUGCCAUGACACUGCAGAACGAGACUCUGGUCCUGGACUCCUCCUCCACCACCACGGGAAGUGGCGGCAUGCGUCUGGUGCUGCGGCAGGGCGUCCUGCGCCUCGGAGACUCCUACAACUUCACGCUGCACGUGACCGACAGCAGCCUGGUUGGCGAGGGCGCUGCCUCCAUCACGCUGCACCACAAUAUGCCCCCAGCUGGCGGGGAGUGUCACCUGAGAGGGGGAGGAGAAGCAGGAAUGGACUACGGGGACAGAGACAGCAGAGUCUGGAGGAUACGCACACUGGUGGACCGGGUACACUUCAACUGCUCAGGUUACAGUGAUCUGGGUGUUUCAGAGACACCUUUGCUCUACAGUCUGCUGGUGACGCGGUGCAGAGAAGACUACUGCGAGGACUUCUGUGUGUACAAAGGCAGCAGUCCGGAGCACUCGGCCUUCCUGCCCCCAGGCUUCAGCUCAGCCCAACACCGUGUAGCCGUAUCCAUCACAGUGGAGGACCACCAGGGAGCCGCCAUCACUGCACUCAACAAGUCUAUCGAGGUUGUGCUGCCAGAUCCGCCCCAUGAGUACAGCAGCCUUCCCCAUUGGCUGGCUGAGCUAACAGACAGCAAACUCAAAAAGCUGCUGGAGCAGGGAGACUCCCAGAGAGUCCGAGAGUUAUCUCUGGUUCUCAUCACAGUCCUAAAUGAGUAUGAGCAGACAAGGGAGACAGAGCGGGUGUCCCGAGCUGAGCGUGGUUACCGAGUCAGAGUCCAUAGCAACAUCACCAGAGCUCUGACUGCUCUGGACCUGAACACUGUAAACGACAUCCAGCAGACCUCCGCUGCUCUGGCGCAGUGCACGGCGGUGAGUCGAGAAUUCAUCUGUGAGGAAUGUCAGAACAGCACUCUGAACAAACUGGAGUCCAUGUUGGAGAUUCUGCAAAUUGACACCAAGCAGGGUACUGUCACACCGACUGAGAUAGCUGACAAUAUCCUGAACAUCAUGGGUGAUCUGAUCCAUCGGGUCAGCCAGUCAGCCUCCCAAUCUUACCCCCAGCCUUCCUACGUGGAUUCCACCUCACCCUCCUCGACCUCCCCAUUUUCCCCCUCUGGUGAAGAACAAGGAGGUAUCCUGUUAGACCCCUCUCCCUCCUCCUUGGAACCACACCCUCUGCGAAUGGCAGCCAAGGCUUACAGCCUGUCCUUGGUCCUCAUGCUGAUCCUCAUGCACGCCCGCGUGCUCAACGAGGAGCCACUUGUGCUGAGAGGAACUGAGAUCGCCGCCACGGGAAAACUGGCAGACCCCCAGAGUCUGCUUUGCUACGAUGGCAACAACAGUCCAGAAUGCCAGCGAUUCUCCAUCCCUCGAGCUUUCAACAAAAGUCUUCACAGAGCUGCUGCAGGAAACAGUAUCAUGCAGAUACUCUUUCAGGUGGAGUCCAACCCCUUCCCUUUCAACUAUGUGGCCAACUACACCAUCUCUACCGAGGUGGCAUCCAUGGAGUUCCGCACUGAAAAUGGCACCCAGAUACCGAUCUCCGGACUGGACGAUAGUCUAGCCAUCACUGUUUCCAUUAACAAUGGCAGCAGUGGAGAAGCGGGUGCCGAGGGUUCUGGUGCCGGUGGCGUCCCCACAGCUGCAGCUGUGAACAUCAGCCACUGUGACUCUGUCAUUGUCACAGUCAGCACAGGAAACACCAACGAACACGCAGGGCUGUUUGUGCAGCUCAACUUCACCUCUUUGGACGAUGCCAGAGAGAGGGAUAAAAGGGAAGAGGAGGACGAGGAGCCAUACAUCAUAGCCUACCUUCAUUCCCAUGAACAACCUAAUGAGUUCAACCAGACAGACAAAAAACAUAUCACACUCAGUAUGACCAGGGGGCAAGAUCUUGACCACAAGAAAUACACCUUCUUUCUGUCUCCAGAGAAGUACAACACCACACUGGACCACUAUAUCAACGUGAGCACAUCCUGCGGGCCCACCUCUCGGCCUGUGGGUGUUAAACUAGAGGUCGGGGUGUUUGCCUCACUGUGUCAGUACUUCAAUGAGAACGAAAAGCAGUGGCGAACAGAUGGCAUGGUGCCCCUGGCAGAAACCAACGCUAGCAGAGCCUUUUGCCGCACCAAGCACCUCACAGCCUUCGCUGCAGGCCUUUUCGUACCGACCAAUACAGUCAGCUUUAAAGUGCCAGAGCGUUCCGGUCCACCAAGCCUGGUCGUCAUGUUGGUGUGUGUGCUGGGCUUGCUAAGCUAUGUUGUUGCAGCAGCCAUCUUGCACAAGUUGGACCAGCUAGAUUUGCGCCGGGCCGGUGUGGUUCCUCUCUGCGGCCGAGACGGACUCUUCAAGUACGAGGUUCAGGUCAAGACUGGCUGGAGCCGAGGGGCAGGCACUACGGCUCAUGUAGGAAUCAAUUUGUAUGGACGCGAGAGCCGCAGCGGACACCGCCAUCUCGACAGCAGGGGAGCCUUCACACGCAACGCUCUUGACAUCUUCCAUAUUGCUACAGAUACCAGCCUGGGAAGUGUGUGGAAAAUCCGAAUUUGGCAUGACAACAAGGGUCUGUCCCCAGCAUGGCUGCUACAGUACGUGUUGGUCAAAGACUUGCAGACAGGAAGCAGCUACUACUUCCUGGCUGAGGAGUGGCUGUCAGUAGAUAAUGAGAGAACUGACGGACGGGUAGAGAUUGAAGUGGAGGCUUCAGAGGAGGCUGCUCUUCGUCAGUUUCCCCGCCUCCUGCGGUGUGAGCUUCAGAGGGCGCUAUGCGAGAGUCACCUGUGGUUGUCGCUGUGGGAGAGGCCCCCCCGCAGCCCCUUCACCCGCCUGCAGAGAGCCACAUGCUGCGCUGUGUUACUGCAGCUCUUUCUGUUAGCAAACACAUUGUGGUACAGCAUUGUGGUGGAUAAAAGAUACAGCCCGCGGGCCGUGGCAAGGUUGUCUUCAUUAAAUGGAGAGACGAUAGCAGCAGGCGUGGUGACCUGUCUGAUUGUCUACCCUCUCUACCUGCUCGUCUUCACGCUCUUCAGAAUGAGCCGCAGCAAGUGUGUGUCUGUGGAGCAGGUGCCACCACAAGUGGACCAGGAGUCAGUGGAGAUUGAUGACUUCCUGGACAACUCCAUGGCUGGAAGUUCCUUCCUGUUUUUUAAUGGCGAGACCAAUUCAGAAGAAACCAAUGUAGAUUUGCCCACUCCAUCAACCAAAAGUGUGGAAAGCUGGGACAUGGCAGAGGAGGAGACGGAGGACAGGGAUUGGCCGGAACUGUUGAGUGAUGUGUCUGUGGUGGGAGGGGCGGGGCAUGGAGCAGGACUGCCCAGGCUGAAGAGGGGUCAGGGGAGCAGGCACCUCGGGGUCGAUAUGACCUUUAACCCUGACGAGGAGGAGGGGACUGAACAACGCAACAAAUAUUUCACUUCCUCAGACGAGGAUCUGAUCAAACACAUCCUGACAGAUGGACAGAACUUCUUUCCUCAGGCAGAUGAAAGCGAGAUGGCUGACCUGUCAAGCAUUUUUGGAGAUAAGACAGAAGUGAUUCUCCUCCAGAAGCUGAAUGAGCCUCUUCCUCUAGAAUCUGUCAGAAGAGACCCACCAAAAACUGCUUUCACCUCAAAUACAGUUGUGACGGACGUGUGCCGUCCCAGACGGUUCCCUCCCUGGUGUGGACGUGCGGCCCUGUGGGGAAGCUGGGCAGGGAUUGCUCUGGCGAAUAGUAUUUCAAUUUUUGCAGGCCAUGGGUUCAAUCAAAGUGUGGCCAUGAUGUGGCUCAUCUCCUGUUUCGCCAGCUUCCUGUGCUCUUGCCUGCUGUUGGAGCCAAUUAAGGUGUUGUGUGAGGCAGUUUACUAUGCGGUGUGUGUGCGUCGCCUGCGUCCAGAGGACCAGGAUGUGCUAGUGGAGUUUCCCCGGGUAGAGAGAGUGGUCCAGCGGGUCCCCAGGGUGAGACCUCCGCAGGGCUUCGCUCUGUCCCAGGCCCGGCACCAGGCCCGCAAGGUCCACAUGCUGCACACCAUGCUGAAGAAUUUCCUGGUUUACAUGUUUUUCCUGUUGGUGGUUUUACUUCUCAACUAUUCUGACUCAACUAAAGACACACACAGCCUGAGACUGCGCACGCAGCUGCAACGAGCACUGCACACACCUGAGUACCACAACAUCAGCAGCCGAGAUGACGUUCUGAUGUGGCUGAACGAGUCCUUGUUACCACGCCUACUGGAUGACUCCGCCCUCUUGAGAGACACAGGAAGCGUGUUACUCGGCACGCUUAGGCUCCGACAAAUCCGUGACACACAGGUCGCAGGUGGUUCCAGGUCAGGAGACAGUAUUCGCGGACAGGGCUGGGUUACAUCUCCAACUAAAGACUCUGAGAAUUUCACAGCUUUCGGCGUCACCAAUGCAAACUGGGCGUGGCGUUUGGGUCAGGUGAACGCGAAUAACAGCAGAGACGUGGUCGUUCAGCUGAACAGAAGCCUGGAGGAGGCUUCGUCCUCUUUACAGCAGCUGCAGCAGCUGCACUGGCUCAACUACAGGACCCAUGCAGUAUUUGUGGAGUUCUCGCUCUACAACAUCAACACCAACCUCCUGGCUGUCUUCUCCUUCCUCUUCAAGUUCCCAGUUUCUGAGAGUGCUCAGUCCAGCCUUGACCUUCUUGUCAUCACUCUGUGGCCAAUCACAGGCCUGGACUUGCAGCUCCUUCUCAUGAUUAUCCUUCUUGCCCUGGUGUUGUAUUUCCUGGUGCGGGGGAUCUUGGGCUUCCUCAGAGAGGGUUAUGUGUACCUGCUGUCAGCCUGGAGGCUCCUGGGCAUCUGUAAACUUGCUCUGGCAGCAUCUGUGUGCGGGCUGCACCUGAGCCGCUGCAUAAUGGCCAAACAGCAGUGGGCGUCGUACCUGAAGCACCCGCGCAACGCGUUCACAGAUUUCUACCCGCUGGCCAAACAAAGCCAAUUGUACACAGUCAUGUCUGCCAUGCUGUUGUUCAUACUGGUGCUCAAGGCGUCUCACCAGCUGCGGUUUCUCAGAGAGUGGGCCGUGUUUGGCAGAGCUCUACGGCGCUCAGUCUGGGAGCUGCUGGGUGUCGCUCUGGCAUUACUGCUGUUGGUGCUGGCUUAUUCACACACAGGACACCUGCUCUUCCACUCUGUAUUCGACGGCUACGGCAGCGUGAGCUCCGCCUGUCUGUCUCUGUUGGGCGCCGGUGGACGUGGCCUGUUGUCGUGGCGACCUGGCUGGACUAUUACCGGCCCCUCCGGCACCGUCUCCUCACUGAUGUUCCACGCCAGCUUCGCCAUACUUCGGUUGGUGCUGCUAUGGUUGGUCACCUCUGUGUUGCUUAGGAACUACCGGCGUGCACGAGCGGAGCUCUAUCGUCCAGCUGUGGAUCUCCAAGACUACGAGAUGGUCGAGCUGUUCCUCAGACGACUCAAAAUGUGGAUGGGACUCAGCAGGGCCAAGGAGUUUCGUCACAAGGUGCGUUUUGAAGGCAUGGAGCUGCCACCAUCCCGUUCAUCCUCCACCAGUGACUGUAAGUCCCUGUGCUUGCCUCCACUGGAUGGUCCCGACUCCCCUCCCACACCAGACAGCGUGGAUGCCGGCUCCGAGGCCUCGUGGCGCCCUGCCUCCUCCAGCCCCUGCAGCCUGACUGAAGCUCCAGGGAUAGGCCUGGGGCUUGGGCUGGGCCUGGGGUUGGGUCUCGGUCCAGGGGUGGUGGUGGGAGGUACCAGCUGGAGAGAGAGAGCAGAGACUGAAGCCUCCCUGAGGAGGCUGCUCCCCACCCUGGACGCCCUGCUGCAACAGCUUGACCGUGUCACCAUGGCAACAGAGGAUCUGUACCACAUCGAGUGUAGACUGGAGCGAGCCCAGAGGAAAAGGAGGCGCAGAGGAAGAGAGAGAGGGGGUGGUCAAGGAGGGAGGAGCGAGGCAGGACAGAGGGGAAAGGGGGAGGAGAAGGACUCUGGAUGGAGAGAACGAAAGAGUGGCAAAGAAAAGCACAAAGGGAGCAAGAAGGGGAAAAAGACGGAUAAAAGUGAACUUCCAAAGGACUGCGGGAACACUGUUGCCAAUCCCAAAAAGACUCCUGUAGCCACACCUGUUCCCUUUUUAAAGCCCAGACCGGCCUCUGCCUCUACACAAACCCCUGCUCCUCAAUCCUCAGCCAAGUCUUCAGUCAGUGCACCAGUCACGGAUAAAUCUGCCUCCGACUCUUCCUCUCUCCCCGUCUCAUCAACCAGCACUCUCCCUGCCCACGUCCAACCACCCAAAACAACCACUGCGCCUCCAUGUACCCCUGCACCUACCCUUUCCUCGCCAUCUACCCCCGCCCCUACGCCCAUUAGCAGGGACUGGGAUCCCCCAACGGAGAGAGAGACCCUACCCGCCUCCAGCCUGUUCAACCACCCGGCUCACACUACCACCAUUCCAACACGCAAGAGAAAACGCAAACCCCCACCCCUGAAAAACAAGGUACACCCCAACUUAGACAGACACGGGCCAGGGCACCCAAAACCCUGAGGGGGCAGGACUCUGGAGAGACGGACAAGCAGAAGUGAAAGGUGGAGCAAAAGAAUGUGAGAGUGAACGUUGGGUUAAGGACGAGAGGAGGACAGGGGCAGCAGGUUUUGUCCCCAGGCGCCCCUCUCUAAACCCAGGGAAAGGAAAGAAAAUAGUGGAUGGGAAAGUAAUAGGACAACGCACAUGAAGGAAGCAAGAAAUAUCAGACACUACAAAAAGAACAGAAAGCAAUAAAAUAAGACUUUGCAGUCUUAUAGGCAGUGCUCCGUCCAAAUCCCAUUUCAUUUCUCUCACAAACAAGGUGCAGGUCACCAGAUGCUAACUGAGCUCCGUUAGUCGGCUCAGAUAGCUGGGUAAAGGUCAACAUUGAAACCAAGAAAUACUCCUAUACCUUAUUUCCCUGGACCAAAACUGACCCCUGAUCCCAUGUGACCCUGGAGGUCACAUGGUUGGUCACCGACAGGAGCACAGGAGCGUGCUCACCCAAGGACUAACGAACUGAAAUCAGUCUUUUGUGUAUCUCAGAAAAAAAAACAUGUUGAUUUCUCAGUUAUGUUGUCUGUCUACAUAUUUUUAUAUGAAAUGUGUUUUUUUUUUGCGGUCACCAUGGGUACUUGUGGCCUGUUUGAAAAAGAAAAAAAGAAAAGAAAAAAAGUCAUGUUUUACGAACCCAAAUUUGCAUGCAGGCACACAUAGAUAUACGCACAUGCAGGUAUUCACACGCAUAGAAGUAACACUGUAGGCACAGACGCGCUAAUGGUGAUGUGUCGUACAUUUGAGCCCACAGAGGGAACAAGGGAAAACUAACUGAAGCAGACGCAAUCGCAAUCACACACACACACACACACACACACACACACAUACACAAACAAGGCUGUAGGGAUCCCAGCAGCCAGUUCUUCAGGGUGCAGAUAUAACCGUGCUCUCUAUAGUCGACCAGUUUGGAGAGAUGAGGACAGUGGCGAAGAUAGAGAGAAGGCAGACGAGCGAGAAGGAGGAGGAGUAGCAGGUGGUAGUAGCGCAGGAGAAAAAAAAUAGUGUAGAAGUGUUUGAAAGAAGGAAUAAAGAAGAUGAGAUGAGAGGAAAUAGGAUUCGUCUUCACGUAUACACGACUGAACAUUUACACAAGUUCACCCAUUAUAAAGCUAUAAUGACUCCCAGUCUUAUUACCUAUUCUUAAUGGUUUUUUUUUAUUGUUGUGUUCAAUAUGGUUGUGAUUUUAAAGCACUUUUGUUUCUGAUGUAGAUUGUUUUUUUUUUAAUGAGGUGUGGCAUCAUGUCUUCUGAAGUAAUAAGCUUGGUAUCAAAACCAAUAGAGAAAGCUUCACUCAUACUGUAUCGUAACUAUAAACGUUGCCAAAGCUUUCACAUCAUUUAUGCAUCUUGAGUUUUACCAUGCCAAGUAAUUAACUAAUUCGUUUUGUACUUAGCACUUUAUUUCCUAACGGAGCUGAUAUCCAAUGCCAUAUUUAACUCUUGUGUGUCAAGUUUUCAUUUCCUUUUUUUUUGUUUUUUUUUUAAACAGCUACAUUAUAGAAACAUCCUAGUAAGUAUUAUCAAGGUAUUGAAGCAGUAGCUAGCAGUUGUGUCUUGUACUCUUGUCUGCUCUUAAUAGUGUUGUUCUUGUUCUUUUUUUUUUAUUGGUUAUAUUGAUCAACAUGCGUACUUCCUGUGUGCAGUGGGCAGAUCUCAGGGAACCCACCUCUUUCUCAAAACCUGGUAAGACAACCAAAACUGGGGGCUAAAUAGGUGUUUUCAAUCAUCUAAAGAAAUGAUAUAUUUUGUGGUUCAAUCGUCGACUCCCGGCCUGUUUUGGACUUCAGCUUCCUUCCUCUCGCAGCCAAAAACUAGGAGGUUUCUACCACAAGUUUUGGCCCUUUUUUUAAUGACAUGAUAUGAAAGAGGACCGACGUUGCAGUACUUUCUCCCUCUUCCAAUCACAUCCAACUGUUACACAUCAUACAGCAAAAGAGCAAAACGCCAACACCCUAUAUGAUUUUCUUUUGGAACUUGACCUUCAUUUACCUAUUUCCUGCCCAGUAAAUUAAGUAAGAUGACACAAGUUUCAGGACCUCACGUAAAAGGAAUGACAAAGACCCAGCUUCAUGUGUGUGUGUACAUUUCUGUAUAUAUUGGUGCUUUAUGGUGUAUAUAUUUUUGCUUAUCAGGAUCAGUAUUGUUUAUGUGCUGCAGCGGCACAUGCAUAGGUCAAGCACUGGCGUUGCAAACCCCACAUUUUUUUUUUUUUUUUUUUUUACAUUCCUCCAGUUUAACUGAAGCACUACAGCCAAAGCUAUUGAUGUAUUUUACAUAAUAUGUUGGGGUCCAACCAGAAACCACAGGAAACCGAACAGUUAACGCCUCCACUGGCCUUCAUAUUCCUGCUGUGUGUGUGUGCGCAGUGAGAAACAGAAUAGUGCCAAAGCCCACCUUCACGUCUCCCAGCUGUCUCUUCGUGUUGUAUGGUGCAUUAAGUUUUAAAACGGUGUUAUGGAUUUGUCAUUGAAAAUAUUUGUCUAUGCUCCUUUUUUUUUUUUUUGUAUCUCUUAUGUGUAUUUUGCAGUUGUAGCACUUCUCAUGCUUUUGCACUUGACAAAGUCGAAUAAAGAGUUUGACAGCUGAACUGCGCAUAACGAAA